UCAGCCCCCUUUCUUUUCAACCACCAACUACCUCAACAUGGCACCAAGUCCCCUGGCGGAAUCCCUGAAAUCCAUCAUCCUACUGUUCUUUCUGCUUCUCCCCUAUGCAGUGACGCUUCUGCCAUCAAUUCUGAAAUCAAGCUCUCACACCAUCGAUCUUCUUUUCAAUCUCGCCGGAUUAAUAACCAUCAUCGUGAUAGCGAACCUAUAUUACCUCAUGUCCCAUCAGGGAAUCGGCGAGAACUAGGUUUUUGUAGCUAUAAAUGGUAAGUUCGGACCAAAAAUCUACUGUA